ACCCGCUCCGCGAGUGACCACAACAUGGCUGCGGCGCCGGGGCUGCUGCUCUGGCUGCUCCUGCUCGGGCCGCCCUGGCCGGUGCCGGGCCAGCCGGAGCCGGCCCCCGGCCGGCGCUUCUCGCAGGACAAAGUCUGCGCGGAUGAGGAAUGCAGCAUGUUAAUGUACCGCGGCGAGGCUCUGGAAGAUUUUACAGGACCGGAUUGUCGCUUUGUGAAUUUUAAAAAAGGUGACCCUGUAUAUGUCUACUAUAAACUGGCAGGGGGAUCACCUGAAGUUUGGGCUGGAAGUGUUGGGCGUACUUUCGGAUAUUUUCCAAAGGAUUUAAUCCGAGUAGUCCAUGAAUACACCCAAGAAGAGCUACAGGUUCCAACAGAUGAGACAGAUUUUGUUUGUUUUGAUGGAGGAAGAGACGAUUUUGAUAAUUAUAAUGUAGAAGAACUUUUAGGAUUUUUGGAAUUGUAUGAUUCGGUGCCUGGAGACUCUGAGGGAGUUCAAGAAAAAACUUCUCAGCAGGUGGAAGAACCUCCUGAAGCAUCCGAGGAAAGUGACCCUGAACCUGAACCAGGAGAACCCAGCUCGCAGGAAAGUGAAAGUGUAUUCUCAGAAAACACUGAGGAACCCAGGGAAAGACAGGAGGCUCAGAAGAGCCACCCCCAUGGAAGCAGUCAAACAGAUCCCGCUCAGGGAGAGCAGUCUUCUUUCGAACCUUUUGGAGAAAUGCUGCAAGAUAAGUUAAAAGUGCCAGAAAGCGAACGCAGCAAAACCAGCAAUAGUUCUCAGGUCUCCAAUGAGCAGGAGAAGAUUGAUGCUUAUAAACUUUUGAAAACAGAAAUGACUCUGGACUUGAAAACCAAAUUCGGCUCAACUGCCGACGCAUUUGUAUCUGACGAUGAGACAACCAGAUUUGUUACCUCCUUAGAAGACGAUUUUGAUGAGGAGCUGGAAGGUGAGUACUACACCGUGGGGAAGGAAGAAGAGGAGAGCAAAGACGGCGUGGACGACCUCCCACUACUCACCUUCGCGGAUGGAGAAGAUCCAGCUCCGGCGAACUCUGGCGCUGAGAAACAUCCAACAGAGAAAGAGCAGACUUGGAAGGAAGCCAGUCAGGCUGGGGAGACUCAGCCCCCCGGCAUCCAGUACGGUGAGAAAAAUGCAGAGGAAGAUAGCACCUUCUCCGUGGUGGCAGAAGGUGAGGAAAACACAGGUGCGGAUUUGGAGACUUGGGAUUCGAAGGAAGCAAAGGCUGGUGAUGAAGCAUCCGUCCCGGGUCGCAACGUGGGGACAGCACGACCAGCUUCGGCUUCUGGCGACCCCGAAGAGGCAGCCGAUGGCCUUCGGAAGGUGGAAGUCCCCAGAAGCAGUCAAGACCAGGACCCAGAGGCGCCCGCAGAACUUCACGUCCAAGGGCAAGGGCGGGAGGCCGAGCGGCCGGGGAGGGACCUGGCGGCGCGGGAGGCGGCGGGGUCAGAGGACGAGACGCGCCGAAGCGGGACCCGGCACGCUUCUGCCCAGAGCGGCCACCCCAGCCCUCCGCCAGCCGCCGAAGAGGAUGCAGAGACAUUUCCAUCGGCCUUUGCCAGCAAAGAGAAUGACCUGGAAGGAGCCGCUGUUCAUAUCUCGAAAGACUGGCCCGGGGAGGAACAGCCCGGAGCACAGCAGUUGGAAGGCGGCUCGGAGGGCGCCUCGGUGCCUAGAGCUGCAGGGAUCCCGGGGGGCGAGCGGGAGCUUGGACAGGCCCCCUCGGGGAUCGCAGCGCCCCGGGCAGACGGUCAGCCUGAUGCUUCCAGGGCCCGCGGGAAGGAGGACGGCGGCUCAGGAAUCGGCCCAGCCCCACCGCCGCUCUCGGGGGAGCACCUGGGUGAGGACCAGCCCGGGAAAUCUCAAAACCGGACUCGAUUCUCCUCCCCCGAUGCACCUGCUCCGCCAAGAAACCCGGGGGAAGAGGGUCCCGCUCCGGGAAGCAGCCUUUCCGGGCAACAGGAAGGAGGCGCCGCCGCCGCAUUUCUCCAGCAAGGGAGCGACGACGGGGGACUCUCAGAUCAGGAGGCCGCUGAGGAUGCCCCGGAGGAGGGGCCUGCCCAUCGCGAGCCUGCGGCGGCCCCGCGGGAAGCAGGGGUGACCGAGGUGCCAGGUCUCCGCCCGGAACACCCGGAAGCAGACGAGGACGAUUACGCCCCCGAAGAGCUGUUGGAGGAUGAAAACGCUGUGAGUGCGAAGCGGUCUAAAGAAAUGAGCCCCGAGGUUGAGGACGCGGGCUUAGAUGCUGACCCACAGGCCUCUGCAAAAGCGCUUUUAGGUGCUGUUCAUGCUGAUCCAGAACCCGGAGAAAACAAAGGGGAGACCAAUAAUACGGUGGAAACUGGAAGAAAAAGUGACCCUGCGGGUGAAGGCGUGGACGCACGAGGCGGGGAUCCCAGUAGUCCGGUGGUGGAAAAAGGAGAAAGCUCCCUCGUGGGUCAGAAGGGACAGAGCCCCUCUGAGGGACGCGACCUUCCCGACAAGAGAGCCAAUCAGACUGCAGGGUUAGGGGCCGCAUCUCAGCAUAAAGCUCCGGAUUAUUUUAACGAAGACGGCCUCCAGGAACCCCCGGGGGCCCCAGGGCUCCUGGGGAAGCCUGGGGCAGAACUCUUGAAAGAGGACGAGGAGGACGUGGCGAAACUGGUGGACGCAGGGCUCCGGGGGUCCGCUCCUGAGGACCAGGACAGUGACCUGCCCCCCUGGGCGCCACACGCACCUGUUCAGCAGGAGCUCGGCGUCCCCCCGGAGGACUUGCCUAUAAUCGGCAGCUUCUUUAAAGAGCAGCAGUCCCUGGAGCGCUUCCAGAAAUACUUUGACGUGCAGGAGCUGGAAGCCCUGUUCCAGGAAAUGUCCUCCAAGCUGAAGUCGGCGCAGCGGGAGAGCCUGCCCUACAACGUGGAGAAAGUCCUAGAUAAGGUCUUCCGUGCUUCCGAGUCCCACAUUCUGAGCGUGGCAGAGGAGAUGCUCGACACUCGCGUGACCGAAGACAGAGACCCGGCGAUGAGGGACAGCAUCUUCAGCGAAGAGGCUGCUGUGCUCGAUGACGUUCACGAACUGAUCUAUUUUGUCAGGUACACAUACUCCGCGAAGGAGGAGGCUGCGCCCCUGGCAGCUGCGCAGCCUGCGGAGGAGGGCCGGCCUGGACCAGCGGAGGAGGGCCGGCCUGGACCAGCGGAGGAGGGCCGGCCUGGACCAGCGGAGGAGGGCCGGCCUGGACCAGCGGAGGAGAGUUCGGCUGGACUUGCAGAAGACAUCCAGCCACCGCUGGAGGAGAGCGGCCCACAGGAGAGCACAGCAGCUCUUACCAUGCAGGUUCCUGAGGAGCCCAGCCACGUGCAUCAACCCGUGACCAGGGACAUGGGUCCCUUAGAAGCGUCCCAAAAACCAGAGACUGAGAAAGCCAGAAACCCAGGGCCAUUUACAACAGAAGGCACUCCUGUUAUUGAUGCUGUUGGUGCCAAAAAGCAACUAGAAACCAGCGCUGAAGAAGCAGCCGGUGUCACGCCUUUGGACAAUGCAAUUCUUCUCAUAUGUUCAAUGGUAUUUUGUUUAACUAAGAUGCUGGUUGCUACCCUGCCUGAUGAUGUUCAGCCUGGGCCUGAUUUUUACGGACUACCGUGGAAGCCUGUACUUAUCACUGCCUUUUUAGGAAUUGUUUCAUUUGCCAUUUUCUUCUGGAGAACCAUUCUUGUUGUAAAGAAUAGAGUAUAUCAAGUUACUGAACAGCAAAUUUCUGAGAAGUUGAAGAAUAUUAUGAAAGAAAACGCAGAACUUGUACAAAAAUUGUCAAGUUACGAACAGAAGAUCAAGGAAUCAAAGAAGCAUGUUCAAGAAACCAAGAAACAAAACAUGAUUCUCUCUGAUGAAGCAGUUAAAUUUAAGGAUAAAAUCAAGAAUCUGGAAGAAACUAAUGAAACUCUGGGUGACACAGCUAAAAGUUUGCGUGCUCUGUUAGAAUCUGAGCGAGAACAGAAUGCCAAGAAUCAGGACUUGAUAUCAGAAAACAAGAAGUCUAUUGAGAAGUUAAAGGAUGUUAUUUCAGUGAAUGCUUCAGAAUUUUCAGAGGUUCAAAUUGCCCUCAAUGAAGCUAAACUCAGUGAAGAAAAGGUGAAGUCUGAAUGCCAUCGGGUUCAGGAAGAAAAUGCAAGACUUAAAAAGAAGAAAGAGCAGCUGCAGGAAGAAAUCAAAGACUGGAGUAAGGCACAUGCCGAGCUCAGUGAACAAAUCAGAUCAUUUGAGAGGGCGCAGCAAGAUUUGGAAGUAGCUCUUACUCACAAAGAUGAUAAUGUUAACGCUUUGACUAAUUGCAUUACGCAGUUGAACUGCUUAGACUGUGAGUCUGAAUCUGAGGGUCAGAACCAAGGAGGAAAUGAAUCCGAUGAAUUAGCCAAUGGAGAAGCGGGAGGUGACCGGACUGAGAAGAUGAAAAGUCAGAUUAAGCAGAUGAUGGACGUUUCUCGGACACAAACUGCAAUAUCGGUAGUCGAAGAGGAUCUAAAACUUUUACAAUGUAAACUUAGAGCCUCGAUGUCCGCUAAAUGUACGCUGGAAGACCAAGUGAAGAAAUUAGAAGAGGAUUGCGGUUCACUGCAGGCGAGCAAAGCCACGCUAGAAGAGGAGUGCAAAACACUGAGGCAGAAAGUGGAGAUCCUGAAUGAGCUCUAUCAGCAGAAGGAGAUGGCUCUGCAAAAGAAACUGAGUCAAGAAGAGUUUGAGCGGCAAGAUCGAGAGCAGCGGCUGUCAGCUGCAGAUGAAAAGGUGCUUUUGGCAGCAGAGGAAGUAAAAACUUACAAGCGGAGAAUUGAAGAAAUGGAGGAUGAGUUACAGAAGACAGAGCGCUCAUUUAAAAACCAGAUCGCUACUCAUGAGAAGAAAGCUCACGACAACUGGCUCAAAGCUCGAGCUGCAGAAAGAGCGAUGGCUGAAGAGCGAAGGGAAGCUGCCAACCUGAGACACAGAUUAUUGGAACUAACCCAAAAGAUGGCAAUGCUGCAGGAAGAACCUGUGAUUGUGAAACCAAUGCCAGGAAGACCCAACACCCAGAACCCUCCUCGGAGAGGUCCCCUGAGCCAGAACGGCUCUUUUGGCCCAUCUCCCGUGAGCGGUGGCGAGUGCUCCCCGCCGCUGACAGCAGACCCGCCGGCAAGGCCUCUGUCGGCCACGCUCAGUCGAAGAGAGAUGCCCCGAAGCGACUUCGGGUCAGUGGAUGGGCCGCCACCUCGUCCUCGGUGGCCACCUGAGGCAUCUGGGAAACCCUCUGCCUCUGACCCAGAAUCGGCUCCCAUGGUAAACAGCAGCUCAAGAAGCUCUUCCCCCUCCAAGGUGACGGAUGAGGGCAAGCAAACUGUUCCCCAAGAGCCUGAAGGCCCGUCAGUUCCCAGCGUUGCGUCUUUGGCCGAGCAUCCAGCAGCAGUUAACAUGGCUGCCCGGGGGCCCCCUCCUUUCCCAGGGGCGCCCCUCCUGAGCUCCCCCGGGGGAGGCCCGCUGCUGCCAGCCAUUCGAUACGGACCUCCGCCUCAGCUCUGUGGGCCUUUUGGGCCCCGGCCGCUUCCUCCGCCUUUUGGUCCCGGGUUGUGUCCCCCACUAGGAUUAAGAGAAUAUGCACCAGGCGUGCCACCAGGAAAACGGGACCUGCCUCUUGACCCUCGAGAAUUUUUACCAGGACACGCACCCUUUAGACCUGUAGGUCCUCUCGGUCCAAGAGAGUACUUUAUGCCUGGUGCCCGGCUCCCUCCUCCCCCCCACGGCCCCCAGGAUUACCCACCUUCCUCUGCUGCAAGAGACUUGGCACCUUCCGGCUCGAGGGACGAGCCCCAGCCCGCCUCCCCAAGCGCCGGCCAGGACUGUGCCCAGGCUUUAAAACAGAGCCCGUAAUCACGACCCCGGGCGGGCAGUCCGAGACGUGGACUGUGCACCAUGCAUUACAGGCAAGGAUCUCACUGGCUUCAACAUCCAAAAGUUUAAAAGAUUUGUUUUUAGAACUAAGCUGCCUUGGCAGUGUGCAUUUUUGAGCCAAACACUUUAAAAAAAUAUCAUUUUCCCCCUUGAAAAUCACCUCGUAAGCUAGAGCCUCCUUACAACGUUGAAAUGUGCAAUAAAGAAUACCUGUGUUUUAGUCAAUGUAGCUAUGUAACUGCUGAGUGAUUUAGAAUGUCAUCAAAAAUAUGAACAUUUCCUGUGGAAAUGCUUUCAGAACAUGUAUUUCCAUUUAUUAUCCUAUUUUCAGUGUAUACCAGUUGAAUACAGAGCAAUGGUAUUUAUAAGCUUGAUUUUUAAAAAAUACUGGGUCCCAUCGACUGUUAUGCUAAAAAUGUUUACUAAAAGAUCACUAAACUAUUGCCUCCUUGCUGAAUUUCUUAGUAAUAGUUCAUAAAAGUUUGGUUAUUAAUA